AUCUCCCUAACCUCAGCGAGUCUGUCGACAAGUCGUGUGUGUGGUAGUGGUGAAAACUUAUAAGUUUUAACAAAUGCAUUUAAAGAAUUAUUAAAGGAAAAAUUUACCCAAUAGUGAUAUAUAUAAAUAUUAUAUAUAUAAAAUACUUUAAAUAAAUCGUCAACACAAUGUACGCGUGUGCAAAGCAAUAAAUACAAAAAUAUAACAAAGAGGUAAAUCGACGACAACUGAAUACCUAAAAGCGGCAAUACAACAACAACAACAAUAACAGCUAGGGGCAACAUCGAAGCAGCGGCACGCAGAAUAAAGAAACAAGGAAACAUUUGCACAGCAACCAACCGACGACAGCAAGAGCAGCAGCAGCAGCAGCAACAGCAACAGCAACCGACAAGAAAAACCACUUCAACAAAAGAGGAUAACAUAUUGAAAGAGCUCUACUCACACAUACACAUACCCUCUCACACACACAGACUUACGACAACGGAGCUGCCAACUUGCACGUAUGUACGUGGGAAAGUAAACCGACAUCUUUUUACGACGUCGUCGACUUUUGCAAUCGUGCCAGAGAGCCACCGAGAGCUGAAGCUUAAUUCGACAAACACGCAGCAGGGCCAGGGCUAGCCCUUUGAUAACAGACACACACACACACACACACUCACACAUACGCACGCAUGUACGCCCACUGUGAAACGUAGACAAAGGCGAUCGAACGAAAGAGCGUACCUCUAGCUGGACAUUGCGAGAGCGCAAGACAAGUGACAGAGAGCGAGAGGAGAGAGACUCUGGUGGGCAUAGAGCUGUAGCUGUUCGGCAUUUCGGUGUUCGGUGUUCGGUGUUGCUUAACAACCGUUAAUACAACUCGAACUCGAGCGCACAACGAAUUUGGAAAUCUCGGCAGUGGCGAGUCGACGAGCAGCGCGCAUUCGUGAAAGUGCGUCGUUGUAGUUGGCGUUGUGCGUGUGCGUGUGCGUGAGCGUGAUCAACUUGGAGCCGCGCACUCAGUCGACUGCAUUUACGAAAUACUAGAGUUGCCACAUCGUUUGCGCACAUGAAAGUACAUAAAGCAUAAAUCCAUAACAACAACGUAAACAUAAACAGCAAGAGCACAGAACAACACCCCAGGGAAAAGGACAAGAAAAUAGCAGCGAUUCAAUCCAGACUUCAAAUGAAAACAUUAGUGCUCAGUCCGGACGAUCUGCAGAACUUUAACAAGUUCAUUUACGAUCCGAAAUCAGCAGCUCAGUUGGCAGCCAGUGCGGGCGCCAUUGCAGCAGCCGCCCAUGGACAUCCAGGAGGCGUGCAGCUAGUGGCAGGCGGCACAGCGGUGCCCGUCACCACGAUGAGCACUGUGGGGGGCGGUGGCACAGGCGCCGGCGCGGGCACAGUGAAUAAUACCAACAAGCUAAUGGCAUUGCACUACUAUCUGAAUCAUCAGGGCAACUAUGUGGGCACAGCGCAGCCGGCGGGCAACAACAACGCAGCCGCAGCUCAUGCGCAGCAGCAACAGCUGCUCGCACAGUCGCAGACACAGCUGAAGCAACUGCAGCUGAAACAGCCGACCAUACACCAGCACCAGCAGCACAUCAGCUAUCAUCAUCACCAUCCCUACUACCAGCAGCACCAACAGCAGCCGCAGCAGCAACAGCAACAGACGCAGCUGAGCCACACCCAUCACGGGCAACACAAGGUGCAGGUGCAAGUGCAACAGCAGCAGCAGCAGCAGGUGCAGCAAAGUCAACAGAAUCACUUGCCUGUGCAUGCGCUCAAUCAGAACUCAAAUUUCUCGGCGGCCAGUUCCAGCACAGGAGGCACUGCGUCCAGCCAUGCGCCCACACAGCAAUCGAACGGUUCCAGCGUCUCACCCACAAUCAUCAGCCAUCAGCCACGCGGCGCAGUAGCAAUAGCCGGUGGCAGCAACAGCAAUAUCGCUGCCGCGGCAAAUGCGCUGCUGCGUGCCACAGCUGCGGCCAGUGUGCCGGGCUCCUCAUCAGUGUCAGCAUCAGCGAUAGCGUCUUCGUCGUCAGGUUCAUCCUCGUCAUCCUCUUCAACGUCGUCGUCCGCCUCGUCAACAUCCGCGUCCGGCUCCGCCAACUGUGCCAAGAAACUGAAAACAGAGCCGCUCCUCUCGCAAUACAAUCAAACGGAGCGGCUCAACUUUGCCAACACGUACAUCGUGUGGAGCGAGGAGCAUUGGCGCCGUGUGAUCUUCCAUGAUGAGCGACGCUUCAAUUUGGAUGGCCCCGAUGGUUUCUCCUACUAUUUUCACGAUCUGCGCAACUAUGAGCGCACGCUGUCGCAGCGGCCGCGUGGCAACUCCGUCUACAUCUACCUGAUGAUCUGCGUCGGUGGACCUAUCCAUCUGGAAGUCUCGUCCGCCAAGCAGCGGCCCGAAUCCUGCAUCGAGGCCAUCUUACGGGAGCGCCCCAACAUUGUCAGCAAACUGGGCGGCAAUACAGAGUUUGUGCUGCAAGAUCACAAUUGGAUGUCGCAUGCUCUGCCCACCGCCCAGGAGCUGCUCAAUGGUGAGGGCUUGAAGACCCAAAAGUGGCCCACAAUUGCCCACGAUUUGAACAUCAUGGAGAACAUUUGGGGCUGGCUGAUACGCGAGGUGUUUGACGGCGGUCGAAAGUUCUCGCGUAAGGACGACCUCAUCUUCCGCAUCAAGGAGGCGUGGUCGCGCCUGCCGCACGACCUGAUCACCAACCUGUACAGCACGCUGCCGGAGCGGAUCACCGAGCUGUAUUACACUCAAGGCGUCUACACGAAUUGUUGACAACCGACGCUGCAACACGCGAAUGCGAAUGCGAAUGAAUGCGAAGACGACAGUGAAGAUGAUGCUAAGCGUAAACAGGAACAAGAGCAGGAACGGGAUCGAAAAUGGAAAUGGGAGCGGGCAGAGUAUGGAAAUGAAUGGCAGAAGCUUCCUCGCAUGGCAACGGCUUCUGUGGCUGUUGCUGUUGCUGUUGCUUUUUCUGUUGCUCCUCGCACGCAUUAUGUUCUAGGAGGGCCUCCAAGACGUUGGCGAUUGCAAAUCUUUUCGUACAUUUAACUUGACAUUUUUUGUGUAUAGCUUUAAGAUGUAUGUGGGCAUGUGUGUAUGUAUGUAUGUGUGCGUGCGUGUGUGACGGGAGCAACUGAAUCUGCAUCCUCAUCCGAAUCUGAAUGCGAAUCAAUGUCCGUAUCUGUAUCUGUGCGUCUGUGUUUGAUAUCUGCCACUGCCUGCAUUCAACACGGUUUGGUUAUGUAUUAAACGGAACAAGAAGAGAAAGAAGAAAUGGAACAAAAUUCAAGCGAAUUGCUCGCGGCCAACGUGUGGCAACACUGGCUGCAUGCAGAACCCCUCAGACAGCCGAUGUAGCCCGAUCGCUUUGUAAUUAGUGUUUGUUUUGUUUUGAUUUUUUUCUGCAGCGAAUCCCCGAUCUUAACUUUAAGGCCUACUAUUAGUUGUCGUUUUAUAUAGAAAACUCCCUCUUACCCGGUAUCCCCCCACCCAAGCAUAUAGAUAUAUAUAUAUAUUAGUUACAAAAAGAAAAAGAAAAAGUAAAAAUAAUAAUCAUUAUUUUAUUUGCACCUAACUCAUUUUGUUGAUUGUUUUUUAGUUAUGCAAACGAAGUAGGCGAACAAAAUUAAUGCAAAGCGCGAGAAAUAAAACUUGUAACUAAAGUAUUAUUUUAAGGCAUAGUUUUUUGUUUAUAGCAAAUUACAAACAUGAAACAAACAAGAAAAGAAAUCUAAACUAAAAAUCCUAUCAUGUAAAGUUGUUUACAAGCAAACAUAAUAAUUAAACUAAUUAUCAAUGUAAUUAAUACUUAUAAAAAUAUAAUAUAUAAAUUAACGAAACAAAAAGAAGAGCAAGCGAAACGGAAAGAGAGAGAGAAAGAGAGCGCGAAAGAAAAAUAGUGUUAAGAUAAAUCAACAAAUUGGUAGCUCACACUGCAGAGAAAUAAAAAACAAGUAACAUUUGAACAUAGAAUUCAUGCUGAACAUAUAUUUGACAUAAAAAUCAAUUCAUUUAACCUAUACACACCUAUUUACACCCAUACAUAAAUACCAGAUCGUGAUCCACUGAAAAGACCUGCACUGCGACGGGUACUUUGAGAUGUUUCGAUUCAUUGAAGAAUAUACCGACACACCAAUAUAGAUCGCUCCAUAUACGAUCAGGCGAUACAGAGAGUACACACCAAAAUAUGCAUAUAUACAUAUACGACAAACUGAACAACAAGUUGCAAGAAAGGGUUUGCAGGCUACCUAAUCCUUGGAGCUCUCGAUUGAGAGUUGAGCACACAACCCAAUUUCCGAUUCUCCGAUUCAGCAAAUUAUGUGAUUUUCCUUUAGUUUCGCUUUUCGUAAUGAACUCAAAAUGUCAAAAGAAUAAAUUAAUUAAAAAGAAAACAAUCUUUAUACAUACACACAUAAUACAUAUAAAAUGGAAAUAUUAUGUUUAAUUAAUAAUGAAAUGCAAUUACCAAUAAAAACUACCAGCAAAUACGUAAAAAUUAAUAUAACAAUA